AUGGACCACACGAGGACUCAUACUAACACACCACCUGCGGAGACGAUAGCCCUCAAAUCCGACCCUACUGCUGCGGGUGUAACUCAGCCACCGGAAAGUUCAUCUUCAUCGGCUUCUUCAGAUAGUUCAGAUGCGAUGACUACAGGGGGUGAUUCACCGCAGAGUAACCCCCCAUCAGGAUCGUCUUCAGCUACGGGAUCGGAUACGUCGUUACAGCAGCCGGACCCAACACAACAUAUAACAGAUUAUGUUCAAGAUGUGAGAUCUUUGAACGCACAAGGUUGUAUUACGCCUGCCGAACAAGAGGCCUCGCAAAGGACUACUUCUCAGCAACAUUCAGUACACGGCCACUCGGGUCGCCAACACCAUAGUCAACAGGGAGCCUCCUUUAACCCGGCCUUGUCAUAUAAUAGUUCAACCAUCUUCAAGCCUUUUGAUAUGAAAACUGGUCAAUUUAUGCCUAAUCUAACUCCUGCUACAGCUGUGACACAGGGCGGGAGUAAUCCCUCAGAAGUGGUGAUGGCAGUUUCUUCUGCUACUUCUACGUCGAGAGAGCAUCAUGUUAGGCCUGCUGACCAAAAAGUUGCAGUUCACCAUAGAAGGUUAAAAUUUAGGUCUCAUUCAGUCCCUACUAUAUUGCAUUCAUCGCUAAGAAGGCUAGAUACACACCAGCUAAUGGUUUCGUCAACUGAAGACGUACCUAGUGCUUCUUCGUCAUCACCACCCUCAUCUGGCAAACAACAGCCGUUCCACCCAUCCAAUAUAGUCUUUAACUCCUCUAUGAAUAAUGCCAGCUUGUCUUCUACGUCGCAAGUUGCAGGGAUUAAGAAGAAGAAACACCAGGGUAAAGGUACUCAACUAUCAUUACGAAAUGCAAUCCUAAUGAGCCAUAGAUUGCAGUCGAUAAAUGGACAAGAAGUGUCUAUGGAGGAACGAAUUCAAUAUAUCAAAUCAUACCCGGGCCCUAUGCCAUUACCGCCGAUCAAUUUGCAGUGUCUAAAGGAAAUCGAUCUAUCAGAAAUAGUAAAGAACCCUCAGCUGAGGCAUGAUAUUGUUUUUGACCCUUUGCUUCAGUUUAGGCCAAACUUGGACGGCGAAAGAGGUGUCAAGAAACGUCAACUAGCGGAUAAAUACUGGGCUGAUGUGGAAAAUGAAAUUUUGGUUUACAAUGAAAAUCCUAAGGUAUUCGAUUAUAGACACACGAGAUUAGUGCCUUUGUUCGAUACCUUAAAAGAUGUUCUCAUCACCAUAGUACCACAAAAGGAAAUAAGUACCGUUGAAAAUGUACUUGAUACUGAGCUAUUAAUUCAGGAAUUAUUGCGCGGUUCAUUGGUAAUGACCAACUUAUCGGAAUGGCUAGCUCAGCUAUUCAAGCAUCAUUGUGCGCCAAUGAGAGACCCUUGGGUUGACAGUAUGCAAAAGAAGUUUAAGGAGGCCCAAGAGGAACAAUCGGUUUCGAAGUUGGGUGAAGGUCUAAAGCUAGUCUUCCAGAUAUUAGAAGCUAUGAAGUUGGAUAUUGCGAAUCAUCAAAUCAGGAUAUUAAGGCCAGCCCUAUUAAGUAAUGCUGUUGAUUUCGAAAAACAGUAUUUCCAAUCAUUAAUGAAUUCACAAAGAGUCAACUUGAAGGCAUCGUUGAAAUGGUUUAGAGACAAGUAUGAUGAGGCAUGUAAAUCUGGGUUCAUUGCUUCAGGCAAGCCAACUAAGGUCCCUGAUGUAUAUCGCCUAUGCAUCAAAAGUAUUAUAAGCUUACUCUCGUGCCGGAAGAUGGUUGGUGAAUAUCCGACAUCCCUAUCAUUUGAUCAUGCUCGUCUAAUAUUACUGAGAGCAGACAUCAGACAGGCAGUUUGCCUAUUGGUUUGCAAGUUGCUUUUUAAACAGUUGGUCGCCAACGAUAAUAGUUUUGACAGAGCUGCCAAGGAAUUCAUUAUCGCUAACUACUCCAAUAAACGUUUAAAGGAAGAGAUUGUUUCCAUUAUCACCGAUGAGCAUGGAAACUGCAGAUGGACAAAAAAUACAAUGUCCAUCGCUAUACACCUCUGUAAUAUCAUCAAUGAACUAAAGCAGGAAUAUGAGACAUUUAAGGAACUGAAUUUAAGACAAUCGGCAUCACCCAUGGCCGCAGCAAAUACUGCGGCGGCUAAUACCCAGCAGACGACAACGAAAUUUUUAACAUUAUCAAAGACACUGACACCAUUAGAUUCAAAAACAAUAGCGUUUGCUAAAUCUUGGUUAUCCAAACAGACUCAACCACUCAGCGAAGUUUAUGGAGUUCUUGAAAAUCGCGUUUUCAAUUCACUAGAAGAAAGCAUUUUCCAGAAAUCGUGUUGUACUAAGGAUGGCACAGUGAAACAGGAUUUUAUCAAUUUAUGCAACUCAAGUGGUAAUCAGGGAAUCGGGACUUCUGCCAUUAUAGGUGCAGGUACAGCAGGCGCUAUGUCUGCCGCCACCUUAAAUGCUUCUCCCAGCCACCACAAACCUUUGGAAGGAAAAAUUGGUGGUGGUAUUUCAGCAAAUAAUAGUAGUGAAGGCAGCAGCAGUAUGACUUCACUAGACAUGGAUGAAUUUGAAAGCUUAAAUCGCCAUUUAUACACUGUGGUAAAUUUCCAUUGGUCUGUCUUCGGGUGCCACUAUGUAGACUCAUUGGGCGACUUAGUUGAAAAGGCUUAG